AUGAACAGCAGGAAGCUGCCCCCUCAGGGGAAGACGCCGGAGCCGCAGCUCCCCCAGGAGCACAGGCAGACCCCACUGGGAUCGCCGGUGGCCUGGGGCCAGCACAGUGCCCAGGGCAGCGCUCAGCAGGGACCACAGACUCAGGACUGGCUCAUCCCCUCCCCGCGUGGCUUCCUGACGCGCCCUCGCCCGCAGGACAUCGCGCAGAUCGUGGCCCAUCUGGUGUCUGAGGACGUGGACAGGGACGUGCUCAUCCCCCACCCGCAGAGAUCCACCGAGUCCACCAACGCCUUCCGCGCCUUCCUGGCUCGGAGCGCACCUCUCUGGCAACGCGCAACUUUCCAGGCCAGGACUCCAAGGUCGCCCCCUUCCUAA